UUGACAAACCCAUGAUUGACUACCCUCUCCCUGUUUCCAAACAGUCCCUUAAAUCGCUCACCAAAGAAGGGGUCAAUUCCUCUAUAAAUACCCCUCUUUGCCUGCGAAGAAGCGAGUAUGUCUGGGUCCAUUAUCUUUCUGUCUGGAUCUAGAGCCUAUCCUUUCUUCAAACUCUAAUCAGAGAAUCGACCCUGGUUUUUUUUUUUUUUUUUUUCUAAAUUUCCCUCUUUUGGUGGGACAAGUUGGAUCUUCACUUAAAAUACCUAGGAUUUUAAAACCCUAGCUACAGUUCCGAUCUUAUUCAAGCUAGGGUUUGCUUUUUCUGUCUUCAUUUUUUUCAUUUCAUAUUGUUUGGUUGUUGGUGAAUCAACAGAUGUCUCGGUGUUAUCCUUAUCCUCCACCGGGGUACGUAAAGAACGGUAUCCGCGAUGAGGCACUUAUUAAAUCGAUUAAGAUUCAGAGAGAAGAAGAGAAGGCCAAGAAAGAAAGGAAGAAAGAAAAGAGAGAGAAGAAAGAGAAAAAACGGGAGAAGAAAGAAAGAGAUAAAGCCCGUGGCAGUGGAGAAUUUGAAAGUAAAAAGUAUGGUCAUAAUAAAAGGCAUAAAGAUGAGAGGAGCCAAGAAGAUAAAAUAGGAGGAGAUCAUCAAAAGAGAAGAGAAAAUGAAGUUGAAAUUUUUGAGAAGAGUACCCUUACAGAAGAGCAUGGUCAUGCAGUGGGACCCCAGAACUCUUCUGAUAGCACCCUUAACAGCAACAAACGACAGAAGCUGAGCUCGCCCCCUGACAGUGGGCAUAAUCCUGGAAGCAUUAUCCGGAUCAGAUUGCCUUCUCAAAGGCAUAAGGAUCCUGAAGUGCUACCCAGCAAGGAACAGCCUUGCUCUACCUCAGGAAGGAUUGAUGAUGCCUUUGUUCAAGGGAUGCACGAGCAUGCUCCUAGACCAGGCAGAGAACUGGAAGAACAUCCUUGUUCUACUUCCAGUAUUAGAUGGCCAGAAGUAACUUUCAAGCUCAGCAAAGAAAAACCUUGCCCCUCUUCUGGUGCAUCAGAAAGUGUUAAUGCUGAGGCAUCGUUGUCAUCAAAUUUGUGUAGCACUUGUUCUCCUAUACUAGCUUUAGAAUUCAAAAAUCUUGUGGAGGAUUGGGUUGUGCCUACACUGCAGAUGCAGAGUGAGUUGACAAGUUUUAAUCAUGAGGACUGGCUGUUUCAGAAGAAGCUGAAUCAUAAGAGUUGGGUUGAGGGCAGCAAAGAUGGAAAUGUUGGCUCGAGUCAAAUAAACUCAAAAACUUGGCCACAUGCUCGCUACUUGCCUGAGGCUGAUAUUUAUGCUUUACCUUUCACAGUGCCAUUCUAAAACUCUGUGCAGAGGAGAAGGCGUGCAAAGUGCAGAAUGAGGGAACUGGAACACAGUGGUUAUUCUCUUUGUUCUUGGUGCUAAAAUUGUGAAGGGUUUGUUGCCAUCAUUUCCGCUCCUUUCUUCCAUUUGGUGUUGGGACUUUGACCCAAUUGACGAGGAUAAAUUUUGUGCGGCGACCCUGAUAGAAAAAUGGCUAUAAAGGCUUUUUAUUUGCCAGCUUUUAUUGGUGAAAAAGAGUAUUGAUGUAUCACAGGUUCAAUUCUUUCCAGUAAUACGAGCAUCAUUCUUUGUU